AGUCCAUCUAUUUCGUCAUCGCACACGACCUACCACAACCACCGCCACAACCACCGCAGCCUCCCCCUCCCCCUCAUCCUCCUCCUCAUCUUUUCCGCACCGGUAACCACUCCGCCAGUAUUGCCUCCGAGACGUGUUACCCCCGAACAAGAAAAGCAAGACGUUCUUCGGAACCGCAGCUCCGACGGCCUUCCCCGCUUUCCCAUAGCUCUAGCACCUCCAUAGCUCCGACUGCUGCUAUACCACCACCCGCCUGCGAGUGAAGCCUGCCUGCACGCCUUAUCCUACAGCUUCACAACCUUGUCGCAUACCGUUCAACGACUCUCGAUCCCAAUACUCUUGCAUCGGGCUUCACGUCGGCAUUUUCGGCUUGGAUACACCUACAAGAUCCUUUGAGCAUGGCGUCUACCCCAGCUGGGGGCGAGCUCACCUCAAGGGCAACACCAUCCCCGCUCAGCAAAUCCCCCAGCAUCUCCAUCGACGAUGGCACCGGCUCACCGCCACAUGUGGAGCAUGACACGGAAGACCCGCAGUCCAACGAUCGCCGCUCGGUCAGUCCCAAGUCGACGGCGGCCGGAAUAAUCCUGAAGGACUCGAUCGUGACCUCAUCACAGCUACAUUCUCCGUUGACCAUCACGACGCCGGUCAAACAACCUGCGAACGGGCCGCGAAGCGCUCUCUUCGACGACCACGUCGCGUCCGCACACGUUCCCGGGAGUCUCCACCUCGCGCCCGACAGUACGAUUCAACGGCUCGUGGAGCGCCAGGGGUAUGUUACGUUGAUCCGACAGCUUGCCGAAGACCUUGCGCACCGGGAUCGCGAGCUAGUGAGCUUCCGGCGGAGAGCGGAGGAGCGCGAACGAACGUUGAAGCGGAUGCUGGUCGAGGUCGAGGUGUCGAAUGCGGAUAUCGAGAAGCGGCUGGCAAACUGCGCGAUCCAGAGGGACUCCUCGCGUGAUCCUAUGAGGAAUGAUGGGGAUGAGACGAGUUAUACAGAGAGCAUAGAUGAAAUGAUGCAUCAGGCCUUGGGCGAGGAAGAUGCGUUCAGCAUCGCCGACGACGCGAGCGGGUUGAAUAUCUACAUGGAUGAUGACGGCAUGAAGGAGGACACGGUUACGCCGAGGUCGACGCUCCGUGUGCCACCUGCUGCUGCUGCUUCUUCUGCAAAGAUCGAGAGGGACACGGAUUCAGUGUCGUUGAACUCGAAUGCGUCCAGAAAAAGCUCGACGAGAGGGUGGAAGGGGUGGAUUGUGGGGCAAGGAGCUGCUAAUGGUCGCGACGAGGACACCAAGAGAGCUCGAAAAAUGUCCGUUGCCGGUGGUACGGUGAAGAGAACAUCGAUAUCGCCAGAAACCUCUAACCUACCACCGGGAGAGGCCAGCCCAAUUCCCCGUUCGAGCUCUCGGGCAUCUCUUGCAUCCAUGAGAUCAACCUCCGCGAACAUUAACCAGAAGUCCGGUCGGGUCAUACCUGCAGCAUCCAUCUACACCCAGCACCAUUUUGCCUCCGACCAAUCGAAGGCACCGUCACAGACAGAAAGCGAAACCGCCAGUGCAGCACAAAGGAGAUCAUCCAACUCUGUCGCUCAUUGGGCGCUUCGACUCGUUUCCCAAACACCUCCCGCCGACCAACCAGAACCUCCUACGAGCCCAACCCGGCGGCGUUCACUUAGUACCUCUGAAGGACCCAUGGAAAGCUCCAAACGUAGGGGAAGCACGAGUACGGGGGACAGUCUGCAGCGGGUCAAAGCACGUAACUCCGUGGCGGCUCCCGGACGCGGCCGUGCACCGUCGACCACUUUCUUCCAAGACCUUCGGGAUACGGCGGAGCGUAUUGUGCCCCUUUCGCAGAGCAAGGAAUCCAAGAAGCCGUCGGAUGAAGCGGGGCCGGUGGAGAUGGACAUGAUUGUCCCACACGAAUCGCAACCCCCGACCCUUCUGCAAGGCUGGAAUCAAGAGUAUUCCCACGACUUCCUCACCGAUCGCUUCGGAUUCAUUUACGACAAGAAGCAAAGAUCGGUUUCCAUUAAGGGAGCAAAUUCCAUCGAAGGGUCGUAUACCGAGAGGAAGCAAUCCGACGAGAGUGCCAAGAACAAUGUCAUUCCGGAGGAGCCCAUGGAAACGUGCACAUCGCCAGAAUUGGACACGACGCUGUCGGAGUGGUCGGAGACGAUUUAUGGACCUUCUUCGUUUUCCGUUAUCCAGCAUCCACCUCUUCCUCCUUCGGCACCGAGACUGUUGACUAAGCCUGCCGAUGGCAGUAAACCAGCUCACUUGACGACAUCACUUGUGGAACGACUCUCUCGUCCGAGUGCUGCCAUCUCGUCACCCACAACAGCGACCAAUGCCGUUUCAGAGGCCUCGUUGGCUAUCCGACCACAGAUCACACCCGUAGGCACGUCAACAGCGGAAGAAUCCACGGUUCGUUUGCUUCUCGGGCAACUAUCGGACCUUCACGAUUCCCUGCAGCAUGACCGGUCCCUCAAAUGGAACGAGUUUCUCCGUAAAGUCCGUACGGAACGCCGAAAAGGCGACGACGAGGAGAAUGGGAUGCCGGAGACACAGAUGGCAGACGGGGAACUUAUCGGCGUGGCGACGCUGGGAACCGAGGGCCGUGGAGGAAAGCAAAGAUGGAAGGAAUUCAGUAACCUUGUCCUGGGCGGCAUUCCGGUUGCAUUCCGGUGGAAAAUCUGGACCGAGUGCUCGGGCGCCACAGCAAUGAAGGUUCCGGGUUACUAUGAUGAUCUGCUUCAGAAUGGCCACGACGAUCCAAUUGUGAUCAGCCAGAUCGCUAUGGAUAUCAAUCGCACGCUGACGGACAAUAUUUUCUUCCGCAAGGGCCCGGGCGUGUCCAAGCUGAAGCAGAUCUUGCUAGCAUACAGUCGCCGGAACCCGGAAGUUGGGUACUGCCAGGGGAUGAAUAUGAUCGCCGCCAGUCUGUUACUCAUCAUGCCGAGUGAGGAGGAUGCAUUCUGGGUGCUGUGCUCGAUUGUUGAGAGAAUUCUGCCAAAAACUUACUUUGAGCCGAAUCUCUUGGCUUCGAGGGCAGAUCAAGAGGUGCUGAAACACUUUGUCGCCACCAUCCUCCCAUCACUUCAUACCCACCUCUUGGACCUCGGUGUCGAGCUCGAGGCAUUGACAUUCCAAUGGUUCCUGAGCAUCUUCACGGAUACCCUCGCGGCGGAGGCAUUAUUCCGCGUCUGGGAUGUGAUACUUUGUGUUGCCGGCUCGGUCUUCCUCUUCCAGGUGGCGAUUGCACUACUGCGACUGAACGAGAAGGCGCUAUUGCGUUGCGAGAGUGCCGCCGAAGUGUACAGCUACCUUAAUGGCGGGAUGAUACAUCAAGGGAUCAGUAUCGAUGGGCUCAUCAGGGAGUCCGACGGCCUCAAGAAUCUCAUUCGCAAGCCUGAGGUGGAUAAACGACGCGAGAUGGCGGUGAAGAAGGAACUGGGCGGUGAAACUAUGGAGACCGAGAGGAGCAACUCGACUGUUACCGAGAGCGAUGUCGGCCCGCUCGAUGUCGAUGGUGCCGGUAAAAGGCCACUCGCUGCGAUUGCCGACGAGGGCGAAUCCCCGGGAGUGGCUGCUUCCACUUCUAGGGAGGCGGAUGGUGUGUCAUAGAUGGCACUGCACUGGGGGAACUGGCAUGGGAAUCAGGAUGGGAAUCGGAUUGGGAUACAUAAGAAUAUUGAUGCUGGGGCGCGAUAAUAAGACUUGGGGCGUUUGCGGAUUCAUUUUUUCUUUCUUGUUUGGGCUGCUAUCUACCUCUUUGUUGCUAGGUACUUCUGUUUUAUUGCGGCGGCGGGGAUUUGUUUUUAGUUUUAGUUUUGGAUCAGCGAGCGGGCGAGCGUGCGUUGGUUUGCAUCAUUAGGUACAUGGUACAUUGUAUUGCUUAGCGGGGGAUGUGGGGGGGGUUUUUUGUUGUGCAUGUAUGAUAUCUAGAGUUUUAC